AUGUCCACGAUCCUGGCCGACUUGCGACCCCGCGCUGCGAAGCCCGCCCACGAUCCCAGAGGCCGUCAUUUUACCGCCGCAACCUCGACUUUCUCCUCCUACAUGCGACUAUCCAUAUCCUCUCUCGUCAUUUCGAACCCCCGAAGGCGUUCCUCUAUAAACAUCGUUCCCAACUCAUUUCCUGCCACCAGAGUAUCUGCGGCCCGACCCUUGGGCGACAGCAGUCCUAUAGAAUUCAUUCAGGACACCGAAGUCGUUACCAGCCCGGGCGGCGCUCCGAAUUUCAUCCUCAAGCUCAACCAUGACGAUGAGCUAGUCUUCACCUUUACCUUUAUCAUUCGCCAGGGACAGCAAUUCGUGACCAGCGGCGCUGCCGACGCCGUUGCCAACAUCGACACCCAGAUCAGUGGACUGACAUAUGUAUACGCUUCCACCCCACGAGAGGUCGAAAACCUCGUAACGCGCGAGUUCCACGCGGAUCCGAACCUACACAAGAAUUCCAAUGUUGAGUUAGUAGGAGACUUUGGAACUGGGGGAACUCCCUCCGUUUCGUUCGAAUGGACUUGGAAGUGGAAACCUCCAAGAAGCAUCGAAGAUAGAGGCGGUGGAUGGAGGAACUCAUGCAGCUUCGUCGAGUAUGACCCUCGAGCCCAUCGCCUGCACACCUUGGCCAGCUUCUCGUACUUUGUGUCCAACGCACCAACUCUGCCUCUAAGCCACCCCAACUCACCGUCUCCCCCGUUCUUUUUGAAUGCACCGCCCAAAAUCCGAGUCGCAUCUUCGCAGUCCGUCGAUUCACGAAUUAGCAACGCCGAGUUGGAGGAACCCUCUUCACCUCUGCCAGUCAACACGUCAUCGUCUACACUCCUUCCUGUGCAACACCCACCUGCACAGGAACCGGUCAAGGUGGAUGUCGCGUGUCCCAAGCCGACCGACGAUGUUCUGGUACCAGAUGACGGACCGGUUUUCAGGGCGACGAUCAAGUCGCUGGAGCAAAAGACAGGCAACAUGCGAACUCAGAUGAAACGUGUACUGAAGAUGGCCAAGCAAGCACAGGAGGCUCAAAACGAGGCGAACAAGAACUUUUCUGAGUUCAUCGACACCCUCCGCGAAGCGUCAUCAACCAACGCUAACGCGGUUCAACCGGCCAUCGAACAUUACUUCGACAAAAUUGCCAGGGAAAUUCUGUCCUACGAGCGACAAAAUACGGUUAACCUGAAACGAAUUGUCAUCGAUCCAUUGGAGAAGUUUUACACGGUCGACAUCAAACAAGCGGAGGCCAAGAAGCGAGACUUUGAAGAGGAGAGCAAAGACUACUACGCUUACGUUUCGCGAUAUCUCGGCCAGCGUCACGAUUCAGUCAAGGCUAAGAAGCUCGCGGAGAGUGAUUCCAAGUAUCAGACGAAACGCCGUAACUUUGAGCUUAAGCGGUUCGACUACUCCAGCUUCAUGCAAGAUCUUCAUGGCGGACGCAAGGAGCAGGAGGUCCUUUCCCACCUUACGAGGUACGCCGACGCACAGACGAGAACCUUUCUCGAUGCUGCCAAGAAAAUCGAUACCCUGCUGCCCCAGCUGGAGGCUCUCUCAAACGAGGUGCAAGAGGCCGACAAAGAGUAUCAAUACCAGAGGCGUGAGCGAGAGGAGAAGAGAAGACUGCUGGAGAAGGGCAAUCAGCCAUACAAUGAACCGGAGCCAGUUCCAAUCGCCAAUACGAUAUCAGGCCAAGGAACAGGAUCCAACGGAAACGCGUAUAUGUCUGACAGCGACCUGGGCCGCGCGGACAGCACCGGCUCUCAGUUGAAAGUCGGACUCACGUCGGGAUCAGCUUCUACCGUGGCCAUGGUUUCUCCUGAGCUGUCAAGAUCUCCAGGCAGUCUGGGUAACUCAUCAGUCGGAAGUCCUGCACAGCCUUCAAAAUUCAAGGGCAUCCGUGACUUGGAAGAGAAGGACUACGGAACUGCAAGCGCAAGCAGUGCACAGCGCAAAGAAGGUUUGCUAUGGUCUCUCAGCAAAUCCGGCAACCACGUUGACCCCCGCAAUUUGAAUAAACAGGGCUGGCAUAAAUUCUGGAUAGUGCUAGAUCAGGGUAAGCUCUCUGAGUACAGCAACUGGAAGCAGAAAUUGGAUCUGCACAUGGACCCAAUCGACCUGAGAAUGGCUUCCGUGAGAGAGGCUCGCAACGCGGAACGUCGAUUCUGCUUCGAAGUCAUUACGCCGCAGUACAAACGAGUUUACCAGGCCACUUCCGAGGAGGAUAUGAACAGCUGGAUCCUAGCCAUCAACAACGCACUUCAAAGUGCUGUCGAGGGUCGAAUUGCGAGGGACAGGUCCGGUCCAGGCAAUUCGGACACGGGGUCUAUUCGAAAGGAUAUCGGCUCCAUUCUGACGGGCAAGAGCCCAUCUGUUGGCCACAACAGCCAUCACUCACAUUCCAAUAGCGGCGCGCCCAUGCGCCGAAUAACUGUUGGCGCGCGGCCGACGACUCAUCGGUCUACGAGUUCGAGCUACGACGAUAAUCCUGACAAGCUGCUGCAGCUGCUCCGCGAUAACGACCAGGGCAACUGCUGGUGUGCCGAUUGCGGAUCGGGAGCCAAGGUCGAAUGGGUUUCGAUCAACUUGGCCAUUAUCGUUUGCAUUGAGUGCAGUGGCAUCCAUCGCUCUCUCGGUACACACAUCAGCAAGGUGCGGUCACUGACUCUCGACAUCAACUCCUUCACCACCGAUAUUGUCGAGCUCUUGUUGCUUGUUGGAAACAGGGUGUCAAACAUGAUUUGGGAGGCGAAGCUCGAGCCCGGCAUGAAGCCAGGGCCCCAAGCAUCGCGAGAGCAACGACUGAGGUUCAUUACAGCAAAGUACGUGGACAGGGCGUUCGUGGAACCUAUAUCGGCGACAUUAUCGCGUUAUCCCACGCCCGAAGAUACUUUGCUGGCGGCCAUCAAGAGGAACGAGAUUCAACAGGUGAUUUACGCCUUGGCACUCAAGGCGAGCCCGAACGUCACGGACCGCUCGCGAGGGACACAUGCCGUCUUUUUAGCCUUGGCAGCGGCUGAUCCGGCAUCUCCUUCACCGAACCCCGGGCAACCAUCGGAGGCGGAGAGAAUGACGCCUUUCCCAGUCGCCGAGAUGCUUAUACAGAACGGAGCAGAAAUACCUGCGUCAUUACCGGCAUUCCCACUGAGCCGAAGCGCUCAGCUUUAUAUUGAAGAGAAACGGGGUCGAAACACUGGCUUCUCGAGCGACACGGUACCAACGCUACCCGGUACCAUGAGUCCCAACGAGAAGCUCCAACGAGAAAGAGAGUCGCGGCUUCAAAAGCGAGUGAGCGCAGGAGGCCGCUUGGCCAAGAGUCCGAUCCCGGAGAGGUAG